AUGGCUCGCCCCGCCGCGCAAAACACCCUCUUCCAGACCAAGCAAAAUGCUCCUUCCGUAUACUUCCAGGCAGUGCGAUGCUAUGCUGCAUCGGCGGGUCUUGCAAAGGACGAGGUUCAGGGCAGAAUAUUGGAUCUCUUGAAGAACUUCGACAAGGUCCAGGACACUUCCAAGUUGAACGCCGAAUCUCACUUUCACAACGAUCUCGGUCUCGACAGCCUCGAUACCGUCGAGGUGGUUAUGGCUAUUGAGGAGGAGUUCAGCAUUGAGAUCCCCGACAAGGAGGCAGAUGCCAUCCACAGUGUUAAGCAAGCUGUCGAGUACAUCCUUGCCCAGCCUGAUGGUAAGUAG